UUUUGAACAUGCGUCGCGCGAUUCGACGAUAGGCCUUCGUAUAAAUACCGUCCUGCCCAACCCACUGGCAUCAGUCGUGCCGCGAUCGUUCUCAUUCAUUAUCUACUACGAAUAGGUGAACAACGGAAGUAUUCCUCAAGAACGGAUAUACUACCUACUGCCUAUACGAACGUCAUGAAGUUCUUCAUUUUGUGCUCCUUAUUAGCGCUGGCCGCCGCGCAGCCAGCCAAGAAUGAGAAUUGGAAGGGUGCCAUAGACGAGAUGGUAGAUCAGUCCAGAUCCGAGUGCUCGCAGAAAAACGAUGAAGUUGCUUGCAUGAAGUUUAAGGUGCUUAAUUUGCUCGACCAAAUCUUCAGCAAAGAUAACUUCAAGGUGUCCGAGACGGUGGAAGUUACACACAACUCGCACCCCAUCGAGGGAACGUCUGCUCGUAGCGAGAGUUCUUUCCUCGACACCGUACAAUCUUAUUUGGCCUCUCACGACGUGACCUUUAAGUUGCCACUAGACUCUACCGUGAAGGUGAGCUCCCGCAACAUCGAGGAUGAUCAACUUACCUUCGACGUCAAGUUCGGUCAGGGCCGUGCUGUCGAUGAGGCUCGUAGAUCCAAGCUGAAAAAAGUCAUUAUCCCCAUUCUCGUGUUCGUCCUGCUUAAGGCGAUGACUCUGAUUCCUUUGGCCAUCGGUGUGCUUGGUUUAAAGGCCUGGAAUGCCCUGCAGCUCUCGUUCUUCAGCUUCAUCGUAUCCGUCGGCAUGGCCAUCUUUCAACUCUGCAAGAAAAUUGCCGCCGAUACCCACGCUGCGCCUUUAGCUCAUGGAUGGGAUUACCAAACUCAAUAUAGAUCUUUCCAGGAUCAGGAUCAACUCUCGUCGUCGUCGCAAUUCGCGCACAAUCUCGCAUACUCCGCUCAUGCACAAUCCUAAUGUCGCUAUCGACUUGUAGAUGCCUUUGUAAAAUACUUAGCUUCCUAUUUUUAUUUGUCUAUUUAAUAAAUUAUUAUUGCAAGUCA